UCGUAUUUUUCAAUAUUUUACGCCGAAUCGUUGUGUCUUUAUUUUCUGUUCUUGCAAAACUUGCUUAGUCGUUAUAAAAAUAUCGCACAUCAUAAUCGUUUCCGAUUCCGUGUUGAAUUGUGUUAACAUAAACAUUUGUGACCUGUGAUUAGAAUUUUUCAUGUUUAGUUGUCUACAAUUUACAACCAUUAAUAUUAAGUAAGCUAAAUUGUUAUUUGUUACAGGUGAGGUUUUCGAUUGGAUAAUGCGAAGAGUGUCUUGGAAAUAUUAACGACAUAAUGGAAGAUAUACGCACUAAACAUAAAACAAUACAAAAUGCUGCUCAUCACAUCGCUUUGGAGUGUAUUCAUCCGCAGGUAAAAAUGUGUGGUUUGUUCAUCUAUGUCUGUAUCCUUGGAUAUCACAGCCAGCACAUGGAUCCCCUUACCAUGUACAUCCUUAUCCUUCACCUAUCCGUCUUCAACACGCUUUUCAAGCUCAGCCAAGUCCAAAGAUGUUUCAUCCAAAGGGUCUGAAGCCUCUUUUUGAUACAAAAUCAAAUGGAACACCAAAUGAUAGCCCAAUUCUUGGUCGGGCAUUAUGUCUUACUCCACGUGCAAGUCCUCUUCCAGGCCGCAUUUCACACUUAAAUGAAAAAUUUCAAGAAUCUCUUGUACUCAAUUCUGAUACGGAGGCUCUAGUUGCCAAGAUAAGUGCCAUGUUCCCUACUGUCAGUGAGACACACAUCAAGAUAUUGCUGAAGAAGUACUACAACCGUGAAGCUGUAGUAAUAAGUGCUCUACAAGUAGAAAAGCACCCAAUCACGACUCCAGGACCGUUAACUGCAUCUCCAUCUGCUUCAAGAUUACACAAAGGUGCUAUGGGAAUUCACUCAGCUUUACAGUUAGCAAAAGGAGUUUCUGGCUCUUUGCAUGGAUCAUGUCAUUCCCCAUUUACAUUGACACCACAAGGUUCACCAUUACUAUUACGUCCGACUUCAGGCGCAUCAAGUUAUUAUGGAACAACAAAAUCAUAUGAAGGUGGUCAAACUACAAAACAUCAAUCUCCUAAAAUGAAAUUGAAAUAUCUAAAAAGUGUUUUCCCAAAAGCUGAAGAAACAUUGAUUUUAGAUGUUCUAGCAAAUAAGGACAACAAUGUUCAAACGGCCAGUGAAGAGCUCAUUACUAUGGGAUUUAGUAAGAAACAGACCGUAAUAAUACCUGUCAAACAAGAAUCUCCUCCGCCAAUCAAAAAAAACGUCACAUUAAUGAAAACUACAGAAGAAAGAAAACAAAUUAAGGAGAACUUCCAGAAAAAGUACAGUAGUAUAGCAGAAAGAGUGGUUUCUAUAGCUCUUGAAAGCGUCGAUUAUAAUGAAGAAAGAGCUGAACAAAUAUUAAAUGCGGUAAUCCAAGAAGAUGCCCAGGCCCCGAAAUCGGUAACAGUUACACAGGCGAAGGAAACAAAACGCACAGAAACUCCGGAAACAAAAUUUUGCGUCGAAGAAGAGGAAACGACUCCAGCGCCGGCACCUGUUACACGCCGUAUCAAGACAUGGACGGAACAUUUGAAGCCCAUAAUUAAAUCUUCAACGAAAACCGAACCGAAAUAUAAGUCUCAAUACUCUGGGCACAAUACUGGUCCUAAUCCAACCCUAAGGCAAGGGCCGAAGGACAAUUUGUUAUUGGAGGACUAUAUGACUUGGAAUGGCCCAAAUCCUCAACUUCGUAUCGGCCAAACGGUUAAAGCCGAUGGCCCAGAAUCGCGUAAAAAUACAUUCAUGGCCGUCUGUGGACCCUCAGGCACUGCUAAAGGCCCGGCAGGUAUUGCAAAAGGCUCUGUGUACAAUCUUAACAAGAAGACCACAAAAAUUGUGGUGUAAAUUUUAACAAGGCAUUCACCGUAGUAAAUACAAAAGUACGACUUAGAUAUUAUGAAAGCUCAGAUGUUUAGAUGUAAGGAUAUUUUUUUAUUUCUAUGUUUUUUAAGGAGAAAUUAUUUCUAUAUACAUAUUUUAUUAUCAAGUUAUUUCUUAGUCCUCGAUUUUCAAUAGUUUUAAAUAGCAUAAGUACAUAGGUAAAUUUUUUUAUUACGCAAUGAUUCUUCUUACCGUUCGAUUGUAGAUUUAAUCAAAUAUAUUGCUAUUAUAAAAUUUAUUUUAUAUAGUGCGUCUGCAAGAAGCAGCAGAAAAAGACUUUAAAUAUUAUUAAACGUCGACGGUUAUUAUUAAUAAUGCCAGAUGGUAAGCUUUAGACACAGAAACAGGUCUGAUCAAAGCACUAACUGAUUAAAUCUACCAUCGAGUUACUUCUUAUUACAAUAUAUGUGUUCUCCAUUUAAUUGACUUCCAUUUACCCAGACUUCGUGAAUUUGAAUUUUUAUAUAUUGUAUUACAGUUAAAAUAUCGGUAAUGAUUAAAUUUGUAAUUUAAGAAUUAUAUUUAAUAGCGCUGUUUAUUUUCCAACGUGUCUAAACGUUUAAUACUGUUUUGGAAAAAAUUCAGGGUAUUUCAAAAUGAGACGACAGCUUAGCUUACGUCUACAAGGGACUUUGUUCCAUAUUUAAUCUUCCUUUUCUGUAUUAUCUCUUAAAACUGUGCCAAAUUUAAAGCCAUUUGAAUAGAUUUGUAUAAAAUUUUACGUAGAAUGAUUGCAUUAGUCUAAAUUAAAUAUAUAAGUAUUAUGUGUAUGUUUUUAAGUAUAGACUAGGUAAUUAGGAGUGAUGCACCAUAACAGUAUAAAGGAAACAAUUUUAAAGCUCAAAAUGUUUCUUGAUAGCCAAAACAUCGAUUAUAUUGGUUUUAAAUUAGUGAUAAAGUAAAAUAUUUUGAUCUCAAAAUAAUUCUAGUCUAGUGAUCUAGUCAAUUAGAUAAGUUUGCUGUAAGCUUUUGUCCAAAUUAAAGUUAAUUUUAAAAGA